AAGAAGAAACUAAGAAUUUGUGUGUUAAAUUACAGAUAUCAUUAAAACUACAUUUCUCAACCGUUUUAAAAACUUGAACUGAAAUUCAAACUUUGAUUCAAUGAUCCUCAGCAGUAGCAGUGGCAAACUUAGCCGCGACACACUAAUCUCUCUCAUCAACAAAGCUUCCACUUUCCCUCACCUCGCUCAAACCCACGCUCAACUCAUUCUCAAUGGCUACCGUUUCGACAUCUCCACCAUCACCAAACUCACCCAAAAACUCUUCCACUUCGGCCACACGCGCCAUGCACGCGCCCUCUUCUUCACCGUUCCCAAACCCGACAUCUUCCUCUUCAACGUCCUCGUCCGUGGCUUCUCCCUCAAUGACUCCCCAUCUUCUUCCAUUUCUCUCUACACCCAUUUGCGCCGCAACACUGAUCUCAAUCCUGAUAACUUCACCUACGCAUUCGCGGUUGCCGCGUGUGAUAACGAGAAUCACUUGAUGUUGUUGCAUGCUCAUUCUGUUAUUGAUGGGUAUUGUGGUAAUGUGUUUGUUGGGUCUGCUCUUGUUGACUUGUAUUGCAAGUUUUCGAGAGUUGGGUUUGCGAGGAAGGUGUUUGAUGGAAUGCCUGAGAGGGAUACGGUUUUGUGGAACACUAUGAUUAAUGGGUUGGUUAAAAAUUGUUGUUUUGAGGAUUCUAUUCAGGUAUUUAAAGAAAUGGUUACGCAAGGUAUGAAGAUGGAUUCGUCGACUGUGUGUGCUGUGCUUCCUGCUGCGGCUGAGUUGCAAGAGAUGAGAGUUGGGAUGGGGAUUCAAUGUUUGGCUUUGAAAUAUGGGUUUCAAUUUUAUGAUUAUGUUUUGACUGGUUUGAUGUCGUUGUAUUCUAAAUGCGGGGAUGUGAGUACGGCGAGGUUGUUAUUUGGGAUGAUUGGUAAGCGGGAUUUGAUUGCUUAUAAUGCCAUGAUUUCUGGGUUUACUUCCAAUGGAGAGACUGAAUGUUCUGUGAAGCUUUUUAAAGAGCUUCUUGUUUCUGGUGAGAAAGUUAGUUCGAGCACAAUAGUUGGGUUGAUUCCACUGCAUUCUCCGUUUGGUCAUCUGCAUUUGGCUUGCUCUAUUCAUGGUUUUUGUGUGAAAUCCGGUAUUAUUUUGAACCCGACUGUUUCGACUGCAUUCACUGCUAUAUACAACAAACUCAAUGAAAUAGAUUUGGCUCGUCGGCUGUUUGAUGAAUCCGCGGAGAAAACCGUAGUUGCUUGGAAUGCUAUGAUUUCGGGUUACACGCAGAAUGGUUUGACAGAGACGGCUAUCUCUCUUUUUCAGGAAAUGAUGAAGACUGAAUUCACUCCAAAUGCAGUCACCAUCACAACUAUCCUUUCAGCUUGUGCUCAACUAGGAUCUCUAAGUUUUGGAAAAUGGGUUCAUCAGUUAAUUAAAAGCAAAAAUCUUGAGCCAAACAUAUAUGUCUCAACGGCUCUAAUUGACAUGUACGCCAAGUGUGGUAACAUUUCGGAAGCUCGGCAAUUAUUUGACUCGAUGAGUGAAAAAAAUACUGUUACUUGGAAUACUAUUAUUUUUGGUUAUGGGCUCCAUGGAUAUGGGCACGAAGCACUUAAACUUUUCAAUGAGAUGUUGCAUUUGGAGUUUAAUCCAUCUGCUGUUACUUUUCUUUCAGUAUUGUAUGCUUGCAGUCAUGCUGGCUUAGUAGGAGAAGGAGAGGAAGUUUUUCAUACUAUGGUCGAUAAAUACAGGAUUGAGCCCUUAACCGAGCACUAUGCAUGCAUGGUGGACAUUCUGGGACGAUCUGGACAGUUAGAAAAGGCUUUGGGUUUUAUAAAGGAAAUGCCAGUUGAACCAGGCCCUGCUGUCUGGGGUACAUUGCUUGGUGCUUGCAUGAUUCACAAAGACAUGAACAUAGCUCGCUUGGCUUCAGAAAGGCUAUUUGAACUCGAUCCAGGGAGCGUAGGAUACUAUGUCUUACUUUCUAACAUAUACUCUGUGGAGAGAAACUUCCCAAAGGCUGCUUCAAUAAGACAAGUUGUUAAGAAAAGAAAACUGGCAAAGAGUCCAGGGUGCACUCUAAUUGAGGUUAAUGGGACCCCCCAUGUCUUUGUAUCGGGUGACCGUUCUCAUUCUCAUACAACAGAUAUUUAUGCAAAGCUGGAGAAGUUAACGAGCAAGAUGAGAGAGAUGGGGUAUAAGUCAGAAACAGCCCCUGCUUUGCAUGAUGUGGAAGAGGAGGAAAAAGAGCUUGCCUUUAAUGUUCAUAGUGAGAAGUUAGCCAUAGCUUUUGGCCUUAUUACCACCGAACCUGGUACCGAGAUCAGGAUCAUCAAGAAUCUUCGGGUUUGUUUAGAUUGCCACACUGCAACGAAGUUUAUAUCAAAGAUCACAGAAAGAUUGAUUGUAGUUAGGGAUGCUAACAGAUUCCACCAUUUCAAAGAUGGGAUUUGUUCUUGUGGUGAUUAUUGGUGAAGCUGAACUAAUAUAUUUUCAUCAGUUAAAGUUAUAUGGGGAAGAAGCAUUAUCGAACCUUUUGCUUUCUUAUUAUUUAUCCUACAUUAAUUUGAUCUGGAGUCCGGACCAUCAUGUGGCCCUCCACAUGAGAAGCACAGCAUUUCACAGCAUUGGCUGAAUUGAGGAAGUUUUAUCUAUUGGUUACCCCACCGAGUUCGUGGAUGAUAUAUGUUCAAACUGGGACAGGGUAGAGUUGUUUGUUUAAGAAAGUACCAUAAUUGCAGAUACAUUUUUCAGAAAGGGGCAUUUUCUUUUGUGGAGGCUGUUAGUGGUGAAGGCACUCGGGGUGGAAGAAUAGGGAUCUCACAUUUCAUUUUAAUAACAUGUACACAGCAACUGAGGAAACUGAAUAUUUUUCCUGAUAUACUUGACGAUUCAAACACAUUUAUUACUUUUUGUACUAAAAUUAGAUUUCUGAUCCAUCUUGCUGCCAAGAAUGAAUCUAUCAUUUUAAGGAUACUGAGUUAGUGUCUUGAUGAUUUCUCAAUGUGUUAUUGAUUCUUAGCUUUGAACAAUGAAAAGAAAAUGUUUAAAUUCACUUUCCUUCCCCUAUUAUCGUUGAUACAAUUUUAGUCCUCACAUUUUAAACCAAAAAAAUAUAGUUUCUUAAUUUUUAAGAUUUCAGAAAUUUUCACUACCACAG